AUGGCCGCCGAGGCGAGGAGAAGCAUGUCUGCUUCCCACCCUUCCGAGGCUACUCCGCUGCUACGCGACGCCUCUACCCACCAAACCACAUAUUAUCGCAGCGUGCUCAGUCACACGGGCGAUAUUGGAACAGAAUCAUCUAGCCUCGAAGCGGACAACGAGAAUAUUUUCCCGGUCCUGACCCAAGUCAGUUCCGCUCAACCAAGCCUGGACAUUGAGCCGAACCUGAUUCAAUUGCCCUCCGCUGGCUCGACGGAAAGAGACAAUGGGUCUAUUGCUGAUACUCCUUCGAUUCCACAUAAGGAGACGGGUUACGCGGCACAAUUCAUCAAUGUAUCCCCAACCCGAUUUUGGGUGAUUUUCUCGGGCAUCAUGCUCGGUUAUGUGAUCGGGUUCUUCGACUCCACAUUAAUGGCGUCCAGUCACCCAGUGAUCACAUCAUAUUUCCAUGCUGCGAAUUCGGCAUCGUGGCUAUCAACCGCCUUUCUCCUCACGUCCACGGCAUUCCUGCCCCUUUUCGGGCGCAUCUCCGAUGCCUUUGGUCGUAAACCCGUCUACCUGUUCUCGAUUUCUAUGUUUUUUGUGACCACAGCAUGGUGCGGUCUGGCUCAAAGCAUCGGCAGUUUCAUCGCCGCCAGGGCUUUCUGUGGAAUGGGGGCUGGCGGGGUCUUCUCUAUGGGCCAGAUCAUCUCUAGUGACCUGGUGCGCCUCGAGUAUCGGGGCGUCUACCAAUCCUAUAUCAAUCUUUGCUUAGGAAUUGGUAGCUGUACCGGGCUUGCCUUUGGCGGGUUCCUCUGUGACCGAAUUGGCUGGCGGGGUGCAUUUCUCAUCCAGCUGCCGUUCAUAUUUGUCUAUCUCGUCGCUUCGGCCUUUACCGUUCCAGCCGAUCUUGGGAUCAAGUUGGUAGGGACGGAGCGCCAGACGGUCUCGCAAUUGAUCCGCAGCAUCGACUUGACCGGCUCGUUUUUCCUCGUCCUAGCAGUCACCGCGUUGAUUAUGGGUUUGAACCUCGGUGGAAACGUUUUCCCCUGGAGUCAUCCCCUCGUCAUAUGUUCCUUGGUUGCAGCUUUUGUCUUGGGUAUUCUUCUUGUUCGAUAUGAGCGCAAUGUGCCACGCGCUGUGCUUCCAGUGGAGCUACUUUCGAAGGAACCUCGAGCCAGCAUCAUAUUUGGCAACUUCUUUGGAUCGAUCUCUGUCAACACCAUGAUGUUCAAUGCGCCCCUGUACUUUCAAGCAGUUAAGCUUGCCAGUCCCACUGCCUCUGGCUUACGUCUCGUGGCCGCAUCAAUCGCCGUGACUGUUUCAAGCGUCGGCACCGGAUUUCUGAUCACCUGGUCGAAACGUAUGAAGCCGACAAUCAUACUUGGCGGGAUCUGCAUGAUUGUAGGAGGGUGUGCCGCGGCUUCGAUGGGUAUCACCACUCCCGAUGCUCUCGCCAUGAUCUGUGUCUCUUUCUCCAGUCUUGGCCAAGGGUUUGCGUUCCCGAGCUUGAUGGUGUCGAUUUUAGCCACCAGUGAGCAAGAUGACCAGGCCAUCGCAACCACUACCCUUGGUUUGGCUCGCAAUCUGGGCUCCGUGCUGGGCGUGGCCAUUAGCAGCUGGAUCUUCCAAAAUACCCUGCUCUACGAGCUUGAACACAAGGUGACAGGCUCAGAGAAAGAGCAAAUCAUCAUUCUUGUCCGCCGGUCCAUCCGCGCCAUUGCUGAGUUGGACCCAUUCCAUCAACAACAAGUCGUUGGAGCAUAUGCCUUUGCUCUCCGGGUCACCUUUCUUUCCGCGGCUAUUUGGGCCGUUAUCAUGUUAAUCCUGCACUCGCGACUUCGUUUGCCUAGGUUAGGAAGCAAGGCGUAA